AUGGACUCGCAAGCCAUUCAAUUUGGAAUGAUGAACUCGUUGCGCACGGGCAACGUGAUUCUGGACACUCUCAUCUGCCUCUUGAUCCCGAUCGUGUUUAAGACCAUAUUUGACUCGUCUGACCAACUCACGACCAUGUUUGCUAACCUCUGGAACGGCUUUCACCGCCAGGGCGACGAGGUCGUGCGCCGCAUCGACCGCAAGACGCACUUCAACAAUUGGGGCAAAGUCGACGACUCUGACGAGCACAACCACAUCCUUCAGAAAGCCAUUUCGAUCUACCUGAGCGACCACUUGGACAUGACCACAAAAUCGGGCCGAUACGAACUCCUCGACAACCUCAACUCUCCAGGGGACGAAAACGCGGACGCAGCUGAAUGUGAGGACGAUCCAUGCGACGACGACUUUUUCGAUGAGAAUAAAUGCAUCGAGCUGCAGCGAUUCAAAAUCGGAACGCUUCCCCCACUCAACCAAUGGAUCAAGAUCGAGCCCGACCUCGAAUUUUACCACGAAGUCAUCAACAGAGAGAGCAUUGGCGGUAGCCGUAACAACGGGGACAAUGCCAAUUACCUCAAGGAAAAGAAGAUCACGUUUAUCCUUCGAUCGAGUGCCGCGGACGCGACCCAGCGCAUCGACAGCUUUGUCAAUCGCGCGUUCCAAAGCUACCAGAACGCUAUAGUGGCCAAGCACAAGAAAGACAAGACCCGGUACAUGUACAUGGCGACGACCCACGAGUCGUCGAGGCUUGGCAAGUCGUCGGCUGCGGCGGUCGCCAAGUACAAGCGGUACGGGCUCAGCGACGACAAAACAUUCAAUAGCUUGUUCUUUGACGAGAAGCCCAAGCUCCUGUCGCUCCUGGAUAACUUUAUGACGAAGAGCGGCAAGUUUGGCGUCAAGGGGUUUCCGUACAAGAUGGGGCUGCUCCUGCAUGGCCCCCCUGGGACCGGCAAGACAAGCUUGAUCAAGGCCGUCGCGCAAUACACCAAGCGCCACAUCGUGAACGUGUCGCUGAGCAAGAUCAAGACGAACCAAGAACUGAUGGACAUGAUGUUCGACCUCAAGUUUCGUCUGGACGGCGAGGAUUUACCGGUCAAGCUCCGCUUCGACCAGAUUGUGUUUGUCAUGGAGGAUGUCGAUUGUGCGUCCAGCGUGGUCUUGGUGCGGAAGUCCAAGGGCGACAAGUCGUCGCGGCCGCGCCGCCGCAAGCCCUGUCCGUCGCUGUCGCCUGCGGGAGAGCCUGACGAAGAAGUGGGCACGGAGGAGGUCGAAGAAUGCGCACAAGAUGACGACGGUGCAGACGAUGCACUCGACGAAGCAAGCGACUCCCCGCGCCGCCGUCGAAAUCGCUGCGAUGUGGACGACAGCGAGAGUUCAAACGGCGACAGCAGCGACCUGGAGAAUGUUUUAGCUAUAGGGCCCAAGAAUGUCGCGAGCAACCGCAUGUCGGGGUGGGGUCCCAAGGACAAACUCAACUUGAGCGGGCUUUUGAACGUCCUGGACGGCGUCGUGGACAGUCCCGGCCGCAUCCUCAUCAUGACGACCAACCAUCCGGAGAAACUCGACCCCGCUUUGAUUCGCCCCGGCCGUGUCAACAAGAAGGUCGAGCUCGGCCCGAUCAAUGGCCGCCAAACGCAAGCUAUGAUCGAACACUACUUUGCCACAGCGCUGUCGCAAGCGCAACGAAAUGCUGUCGCCCGCGUGAUUGCCAACGCCAGCAACUCGUUCUCACCAGCCCAAAUCGAACAACUCUGCGCAGAGCACUACGACAUUGACGACAUGCUGACCGAACUCGCCGUCGCAGUCGCGUGCUGA